AUGGAGUUAGGAGGAGGUAGUUGCACAGAUGAAACCACCACAAGCAAUGACUCUCUUUCUCUUUCGGUAUCUCUUAUUCCAGCGAAACUAUCUCCACCACCGCCGAUGAACACACUCAGUCGCGUUGGAAGCGGUGCUAGCGCUGUUAUCGAUCCUGAAAACUGUGUCGGCUCCGGCGAAGUUGAAUCUCAAGAAUUAUCUAACACAAAAUACAAAGGCGUGGUGCCACAGCCGAAUGGACGCUGGGGAGCUCAGAUUUACGAGAAACAUCAGCGCGUAUGGCUUGGUACGUUCAAUGAAGAAGACGAAGCCGCCAGAGCCUACGAUAUCGCCGCCUUGAGAUUCCGUGGAAAAGACGCUGUCACUAAUUGUAAGAGCCUCGGCGGCGUCGAAAACGAUACCGACGAAGCUGAAGCCGAGUUUCUCAACUCGCAUUCCAAAUCCGAGAUCGUUGACAUGCUUCGGAAACAUACGUACGAUGACGAGCUUAAGCAGAGCAUGCGGACCAAUAUUUUGACCAAUAUUUUGACAUCAUCCAACUCGGACCAACUAUUGAAUAUUUAA